GAUUAAUCGGACCGCGCCGAUGUGCAAAUGGCAGCGGAACCAUCUACCCGGAGAUUCACCAAGAACCUGCUGAAGCCCGGCAGCGCGGCCGAGAUCCGCCAAACAGCAUCCAGCGCUGUCAGGAUAUCUGCCCUGUCGCAGGAGAAGCCAAAACUGAUUGAUCCUCUGGACUAUGAAGCUGUGAUUUCUGAGUUGGAGUCAGAGCUUAAGGAGGACCCACUACAAGACCUGCUGCUCUUCCCAGACCAUGACUUCACUGUGUCAACCCUUCCUCAGGAGAGAAGAACGCUGCAGUCCACUGUGCCUGAAGGGGCAGAGGAUCAGGCUGAAAGUCUGCUGGUCAGACAGGCCUGCCGGUACUACAACUCUCAGCUGCAUGUGGUGGAAUAUCAGUAUCAGGAGUAUUCAGGGGAUUUUCGCAUGCUGCCCAGGAAAUUGUAUAAGGUGCAGAAAUUGCCCUCCCACUCAUUCGAGCUCGACCAUGAAGAUGUGGAUAAGGAUGAGGACACAACGUCACUUUCAUCGUCUAAAGGAGGAGGUGGAGGAGGAGGCAGCGGAGGAGGAGGGACAGGUGUCUUCAAGUCUGGCUGGCUUUACAAGGGAAACUUUAACAGCACGGUUAACAACAGCAUCACUGUUCGGUCCUUUAAGAGGAGAUAUUUCCAGCUGACGCAGCUAACUGAUAACUCCUACAUCAUGAACUUCUACAAGGACGAAAAAAUCUCAAAGGAACCUAAAGGCUGCAUAUUUCUCGACUCGUGUACAGGAGUAGUCCAGAACAACCGGCUAAGGAAGCAUGCCUUUGAGCUGAAGAUGAAUGAUGUGACAUACUUUGUCCUCGCCGCUGAGAGUGAGCAAGACAUGGAGGACUGGAUCAGCACAUUGAAUCGUAUUCUUCAGAUCAGCCCGCCUGAGUGCCCAGUUGUGGACCGCAAAAGUAUAGACCUGACUGACACAAAAAAUGAUGUCUUUGAUCUCUCGUUGAAUGAUGUUAAUCUCUGUGAAAAUGAGGAAACGACAGAAAAUGGAAUUAAUCCUGAAUUAGCAAAGUACAUCACUGAAACUGAGGAGAUGGUGAGAGCAGCCAGACGAGAAGAAAGGCUUAACCUGUUCUCCCUGGACCCCGACACUCCUGUUUCCCGGGGGGAUUGUGGAGAGCCCCCACCUAUCCGACCCUUAGAGGAGAAGCUUGGAAAGAGACUGAUGAUCUACUGUCGCUCCCUCAACCUCACACUGCAGGGUUGUGUGAAUGAGACUGAGACAGAGCCCAUCACUAAUAUUGAGCCUUUCUUUGUAACUGUGGCGCUGCUGGACAUGCGCGAGAACAGGAAGGUCUCUGCUGAUUUUCAAGUGGACCUGAACCAUGAGGUUGUGCGGAAAAUGCUCAGCGGCUCGGGUAGUCCUGGAGGUCAAGGCACACCCGGAGGUCACGGUGGAGUGCAGGAGAAUGGCCUUAAGUCCCCCACAGAGAAGAUAAGUGGUGACUGCCAGCUCAGUCAGGAACUGGAGAGCUGGCUAUGCUUUCCUAAACAGGCUAUCUUCUCCAUCACAAAUCCUCACACAGAUAUCGUUCUGGUGGCCCGAAUAGAGAAAGUGCUGAUGGGUAAUAUUGCCAGUGGGACUGAACCCUACAUAAAGAACACAGACAACAGCAAGACUGUUCAAAAGAUGCUGAAAUCCAACAAGCAGUUUUGUAGCAAGCUGGGAAAAUACUGCAUGCCUUUUGCAUGGUCGGUAAGGUCAGUAUUUAAGGACAACCAGGGCACGGUGGACAGGGAGUCUCGGUUCUCUCCUCUCUUUAAGCAGGAAAGUAACAAGAUCUCCACAGAGGAUCUGCUCAAGCUCAUCUCUGAGUACAGAAGGGCAGAGAAGAUAAGUAAACUCCAGACCAUACCCGGGAGCCUAGAGAUCAGCGUGGACUGUGUCCCAAUGGAGCACCCCAACUGUGUGACGUCCUCAUAUGUUCCCGUGAAGCCGUUUGAGGACUGUAGUUUGCACACUCCAACAGUGGAAGUCGAUGAGUUCCUGCAGGAUUCAGCCAAGUUUGCCCAACCUUACCGUGUUUACAAGAACCACAUAUAUGUCUACCCCAAACACCUGAAAUAUGAUAGCCAGAAGAGCUUUGCCAAGGCCCGAAACAUCGCUGUUUAUAUCGAGUUCAGGAACUCGGACGAAGAGCACGCCAAACCACUUAAGUGCAUCUACGGUAAGCCAGGAGGUCCAGUCUUCACCACAUCUGCCUGUUCCACUGUUCUUUACCACUCCCAGAACCCAGACUUUUAUGAUGAGGUGAAGAUUGAGCUGCCCAUACAGCUCCAUGAGAAACAUCAUCUGCUCUUCUCGUUUUUUCAUGUAACCUGUGAUAUCAAUGCCAAGACCAACUCCAAAAAGAAGGAGGCUUUGGAAAUGCCAGUGGGCUAUGCAUGGCUGUCUCUUCUGAAGGAAGGACGCCUGGCCUCUCAGGAGUUUAAUGUGCCAGUCUCUUGCAAUCUACCCAGUGGGUACCUGCAAAUUAAAGAGCCUUCAUCCAAUAAGAACGGAUCAGAUGUAAAAUGGGUAGAUGGAGGAAAGCCCAUCUUCAGGGUGUCUACACUGGUGCUGUCCACAGUAUACACUCAGGACCCUCAUCUCAACCGGUUUUUCCAGCAGUGCCAAAAACGAGAGACAGAUCUCUCACAACAACCUACCUCAAACUUCCUGAACUGCCUAAAGGGUCUUCUAAGUAUGGAGAGGAACCAUGUGAUCAUCUGCUUCCUGCCUGUCCUCUUUAACCAGCUUUUUAAAGUCCUUACUCAGAAUGACUCAGAUGAGGUUGCUACUACCACCACUAGGGUCCUGGUUCACGUCCUUGCCAAAUGCCACGAAGAAAACCUGGAUCAUUAUUUGCAUUCCUACAUAAAGUUUGUAUUCAAGACUGAGGCACACGGAUUCCGGACUGUGCAUGAAGAGCUGGCCAAGGGCAUGAACACUGACCUGAAAAGCAAUGAGCAAUCAGCAGUGAAAAACAUCCUCAAGUUUUCUUGGUUCUUCCUGGAAAUCUUGGUAAAGUCUAUGGCUCAGCACCUGGUGGAUUCAGACAAGCUAAUGGUUUCUCGGUCACAGCGGUUCCCUGGCACCUUCCAGAACCAUUUGGAGACUCUGAUCAUGACAAUGUCAGAUCACAUCUUCUGGAAGAGCAAAGAGCUUCCCGAGGAGACCCGCAGUGCCAGCCAGGCUAUAGCCGCUUUUGUCAAACGCUGCAUUACUUUGAUGGACAGAGGCUUCACCUUUAAGCUCAUCAGCAACUACAUCAACAUGAUUACAGCCAGUGACAACAAGAUGCUAUGCGAGUUCAAGUUCGAGUUCCUGAGGGAGGUGUGCAACCACGAGCACUACAUUCCUCUCAGUCUGCCUAUACCUUCUGCACGAAUCACAGAUAAAGCCUUCCAGGAACCACACAGUGCACAGGUGGACAUGCCUGAGUACAGUCUUACUGGCGAGUUUUGCAGGAAGCAUUUCCUGACAGGUCUUCUUUUGAGGGAGCUCGGCCUGGCCCUCCAAGAUGAACAAGACAUCAGGCAUUUGGCUCUAGCCAGCCUGAAGAGCCUGAUGGCCAAGCACUCGCUGGACUGUCGUUAUGCCAAUAAGGAGAAACAGGCAAGAAUCGCCUCUCUCUAUCUGCCUCUGUAUGGUCUCAUACUGGACAGCAUGCCACGCUUCUUCCUCAGGGACCCGUUCCCCUUCUAUAUGAAUUCCAGUAACCAGGGUUCCAAAGAUGAUCUCAGCGUAGGUGGUCAGACUGGUCCCAAUGCUCGCCCGGUCACGGUCGAUGCUUCGUUCACUAAGGAAGUGCUCAACUCUGUUCAAGGUUUAUCAUCACUUGCUGUAUCCACAGCGAACAAUACAGAUUCCAGAGGUUCUCUCAUCAGUAUUGAAUCCAACCCCAGCAACGGUGACCGCAACAGUGAGAAGAUGGAUGGAUGUGAAAAGUUUGCCAGGCCGCAGUCACUGAUCGGUUUCGGCUCUCGCUUUGACAAGCUGGACCAGGCGGAGACCCGCGGUCUGCUCAUGUGUUUCCUGCAUAUAAUGAAAACCAUAUCUGAGGAGGUCAUGGUGGCUUACUGGCAGAGAGCCAUUCACCAGGAGAUUUCUGACUUCUUCAACAUCCUGGAACUGUGUCUCCAGCACUUCAGGUUUUUGGGGAAGCGUCACAUUGCCAGGAAGUUAGCAGCAGCGGUUAAGCUGGCGCAGGCCACGCAGAGCAGUGGCACCCUGAAGGGUUCGAAUGCAUCCAACCAGUCCUCAGGGCUCCUGCCCCAAUGGAUGCUGUCGAAUCAAGAUGGGCACAGGCAUGCCCGUUCCCAGACUAUGCCCAUCAUCCGGGGCAAGAAUGCCCUUACCAAUCCCAAACUGCUCCAGAUGAUGGAACCAGAUGGAAAUUCAAGUGAAACUGACACCCUCAACCCAACAGACAUUGAAGCGAAUCUCUCCACAGAGGUGGCCCUCACCGUACUUGAUGUGCUGGGACUGUUUGUUCAUCACCACAAGAAACAGCUGCUGCAGGAUGACGGUCAGAAUUCUCUGAUGAAGAAAGUUUUCGACACUUAUAUGCUCUUUUUCCAGAUAAAUCAAUCAACCAUCACUCUCAAACAUGUAUUUGCAGCUUUGAGACUCUUCAUACAGAAGUUUCCCUGCGUGUUUUUUCAAAGCAAGGCUGACCUCUGUGGUUCUCUGUGCUAUGAGAUUUUGAAAUGCUGUAACCACCGCUCCAGUAGCACACAGACCGAGGCCGCUGCUCUUCUCUAUUUCCUCAUGAGGAAGAAUUUUGAGUUUGUCAAGGGCAAGUCCAUUGUCCGCUCUCACCUGCAGGUCAUUAAGGCCGUGAGUCAGCUGAUUGCAGACGCAGGUAUUGGAGGAUCACGUUUCCAGCAGUCUCUCGCCAUCAUCAACAACUUUGCCAAUGGAGAUGCUCCUCUCAAAAACACAUCAUUUCCAGCAGAGGUGAAGGACCUGACGAAGCGAAUCCGUACAGUCCUGAUGGCCACAUCACAAAUGAAGGAGCAUGAGAAAGACUCAGAGAUGCUGGUGGACUUGCAGUACAGUCUGGCUAACUCAUAUGCCAGCACCCCCGAGCUCCGGCGAACCUGGCUGGAGAGCAUGGCCAAGAUCCACGUCCGCAUUGGAGACCUGUCUGAGGCUGCCAUGUGCUACAUCCACAUCUCAGCCCUUAUAGCAGAAUCACUGAAGAGAAGAGGUUACUGGAAGCCUGAAAAGGCACGGAUCUCAUGCACCAGCUCAGAGGAGACCAAUGUAAUUAACUGUUGCUCUUUACUAACCCCCCAGGAAGGAGAAACCUCUUUCAGUAUGGGCUGGCCUGCCUUUACAAACAUUUCGCCCAACGUGCAGGAAGAGGGUGCCAUGAAGGAGGACACUGGCACACAGGAUACACCGUACACAGAGGACACGCUGGUGGAGCAGCUAGAGCUGUGCGUGGAUUAUCUGUGGAAGUCUGAGAGAUACGAGCUUAUAGCAGACAUCAACAAGCCUGUCAUCGUCGUCUUCGAAAAGAGACGAGACUUCAAGAGGCUGUCAGAACUGUACUACGAUAUUCACCGCUCGUAUCUGAAAGUGAACGAGGUAGUGAACUCAGAGAAGCGCCUGUUUGGACGAUAUUACCGCGUAGCUUUCUAUGGACAGGGAUUCUUUGAAGAGGAGGAGAGUAAAGAGUUCAUUUACAAGGAGCCGAAGCUCACUGGCCUUUCCGAGAUUUCCCAGAGGCUCCUCAAACUCUACUCGGACAAGUUUGGAGCAGACAAUGUGAAAAUGAUUCAGGACUCCAACAAGGUCAAUCCCAAAGACCUGGACCCAAGGUUUGCUUACAUCCAGGUCACCUAUGUAUUGCCCUACUUUGAAGAGAAGGAGCAGCAGGAGAAGAAGACGGACUUUGAGCGUAAUCACAACAUCAACCGCUUCGUCUUUGAGACACCGUUUACUCUGUCCGGCAAGAAGCACGGAGAUGUGGAGGAACAGUGCAAGAGACGCACCAUCCUCACCACGAGCUCCAUGUUCCCGUACCUGAAGAAGCGGAUCCAGGUGGUGAAGCAACAGAGCACAGAGAUGAACCCCAUCGAGGUGGCCAUCGAUGAGAUGAGCCGCAAAGUGUCUGAGCUCAAUCAGCUCUGCAAAAUGGAUGAGGUGGACAUGAUCCGGCUGCAGCUCAAACUGCAGGGCAGUGUCAGUGUGAAGGUAAACGCUGGGCCAAUGGCCUACGCCCGAGCCUUUUUGGAGGAGAAAAAUGCCAAGAAAUAUCCAGACAACCAGGUCAAGCUGCUUAAAGAGAUCUUCAGGCAGUUUGCGGAUGCAUGUGGUCAGGCUUUGAACGUGAACGAGCGGCUGAUAAAGCAGGACCAGCUGGAGUACCAGGAGGAGAUGAGAGCUCACUACAGAGACAUGCUCAGCGAGCUCUCUUCUAUAAUGAACGAACAGAUCCCACAUGCAAGACAGCCAGGAACAGGAACCUUCUGAGCUGCCAGUCAGUGUUCUAGAAACUGCUUCAUUGUUGAGCUCAAAUGAUGCCAAGUUCUCGUCUUUAGUGUUGCUUUCGAUAUGGACCAUGAGGACAUUAGGAAGAAAUGUAUAAACUGGAAAAACAAAAACAGAAGAGUGAAACUGGUGAAAGGUUACAGUACUGUGGAUGAGACAGACUGGGCAGCUGCUCUUGUAUGGUUGUAAAAGAUACAGUAUAUCGUUUUCCUGCCACACAUAUAGACCUAUGCCUCUAAUAUACAUCCGAAUUCACAUAUGCCUUCUCUCCUAGACCCUGUUCCUCUAGAAAACAGUGACCUUAAUUAGCUCGAGGUGUGUUCAGCUAAGCCGAACAUCUUUAAAAAGCAUACUAGACAGGCUUGACGUGAUUGCAACAUAUUGUAACAAAUAUUUAGACCAUAGACUGUUUUAGGAUUUGAAGCAUGUCGCUAUCCUGAUGGUUUCCUCGUGUAUCAGAUAGUCUUGUUGAACACACCUCUAGUUUGUGUAUGAAUGUAGACCUGCUCAAAAUAGCAAUGUUGUAUCCUAGCAUUCGCAAGUCCGAGCUCCCACAUUUGGGAAAUGAAAAAGUAUUGUUUUAUAAUGUUUUUAUGACUGAUAAUGUGUUACUAUGUCCUGUAUUGUUUUUAAUUUGUAUAUAAGAAUUAAUAAUAUUUAAAAAUGUCUCAUUUUAUAUGUACAAAACAAUAUAUGCUUUUUUGUUGUUUUGAUAAAUUAAAGAAACGU